AUGGUUUUUGAAAAUACUCAACAAGUAUCAGAUAUUGUAGAUGUUAAAGUUCCAUCAAGAAUUUCAUUGCCAAUGAAAAUAGGUGUAGCAAUCAAACAUGAUGAAGAAUAUCACAAAACUGAUACUAUUCAUAAAAUUCGUGUACCUAGUCAAAUUGAUAUGCCAAAUAAUUCUGAACAUCAGUCAUCACCAUUAACAAUAGUCGGAAAUGUUGAGAAAUAUUCAAUUAUUCAAAGAAAAUCUAAAGAUCGAAAAAUUGCUACCUCAACACAACGAUCUAUUCCUCAAUCGAAACGAGAAUAUGGAGAAGUUUAUAUUCGACAUCGAGUAAAAUCUUUUAUAUUCAAUAUUUGA